AUGAAUUUUGAAUUAAAAGAAAAAUAUUAUAAAAAUAUGAUUCUUCAGAGGGAUAAAGAAGAAAAUGAAAGAUUUAAACAUGCCAUGAAAUUCCAAAAAAAUUUUAUUAAUAUUGAAAAAGAUUUAACUAAAAAUAAAGAAUUAUUUAAAUUGAAGGAAGAAAUAAAAAGUUAUAAACAAAAAAUAGAUACACUGCAAUAUGAAAAUAAUUAUUUAAAAAAUAAAAUUCGUUAUUAUGAAAAUAAAUUUAAAAUUUUUAAAAACGAAAUACAAAUAAAAAAUAAAAACAUAAGUUAUUUAAUAUCUGAAAAUGAUGUAAUAAAUAGAUUAUACCAGCAAAUAUCACAACAUAUAUUUCAGAAAGUUUAA